UGUUCGUUUUCGCGACAAUUCAGGAAGCGUCUAUAAACAGAGUCGGUGCUUUCUCCUGUGAAGGAGUGCAGCAAAACAGCACCAUGUUGCCGACCACCUCACCACACAGCAACGGCGCCCUUGGCUCCAGGGAUGCUGCACGCCACACGGCAGGCGCCAAACGCUACAAGUACCUGCGGCGGCUGCUGCAUUUCAGACAGAUGGACUUUGAAUUUGCCCUGUGGCAGAUGCUUUACUUGUUUACGUCACCACAGAGGGUCUACCGCAACUUCCACUACAGGAAACAGACCAAGGACCAGUGGGCCAGGGAUGAUCCUGCUUUCCUGGUCCUGCUCAGCAUCUGGCUGUGCGUUUCAACAAUAGGCUUCGGUCUGGUGCUGGAAAUGGGUGUCCUGGAGACUCUGAAACUGUUGCUGUGGGUGGUCUUUGUAGACUGUAUAGGAGUCGGUCUGCUCAUCUCGACAUUCAUGUGGAUUAUUAGCAACAAAUACCUGCUAAAACAUCCCAGCAGAAACUUUGAUGUUGAAUGGGGCUACGCAUUUGAUGUUCACCUCAAUGCUUUUUACCCACUUCUGGUCAUCCUGCAUUUUCUGCAGCUCUUCUUUAUCAACCAUAUUGUGGUGAUAAACUCAGACUGGUUCCUGGGAUACUUUGUUGGGAACACCUUGUGGCUGAUUGCCAUCGGUUAUUAUCUAUACAUCACCUUCUUAGGGUACAAUGCUCUACCUUUCCUGAAGAACACGGUGGUGCUGCUCUACCCCUUCGCUCUGCUCGGCCUCAUCUACAUCCUCUCUGUCUCUCUGGGCUGGAACUUCACUAAGGGUCUCUGCUCCUUCUACAAGUUCAGAGUCCAGUAGAACCAGUUUGUACCUGAGACUGGACACUAGCUGCCUCCAGGCCGACUCAAAAUCUCUUUUCAGGUCGCACCGUGAUGACAUCAAAUCCGUUUCCAGCUGCUGUCAGUCAACGUCUGGUUGAGAGGGACUCGGCCCCUGGUUGACUCUCAGUAAACUGGGACCUGGGGGUUGAUUGACGCCGACUGUUGCUCGACUCUCACUUGAUUUUCUGUCUGGCUCUCGUGUUGAGCUGUAGCGGCAAAGCGAGUAAACAGUGAUGUGUUUGGACUAGUUGCAGAAACAAGGGGAGAGAUGAGGCACAGUUUUUAUUGUUGUUCUUUUUGUAUCAUUUGUAAAUAGUGCUCUGGCAGGUUGUAAUAUAUACACAGAGAAUUGUUUCUGAAGAAGAUAAAUUUGCUUUGUUUCUUUGAGUUUUCAUAAAAAAGACUGAAAUCCUGCUUAUUGAAGGGAAGAAAGGAAAGUGGAGGAAUGUGGGGUGCAAACAGUUUUUCCUUUUCUUUUUUCUUAAAGUGUACAUUCCAAAGCACUUUCAAUAAAAGGUUUUAUUAACUUAAGCUGCUGCAGUUUUACUUUCUGGAGGAAUAAAUAACAACCAUGCUCUCCUG